GAAAUUUGUAAUACAUCUAAUUUCACAAAUUAAAUUAAUAAUAAAACAAUUCAGAUUAUUAAGCCAACUGAAUAUAUUUUCAAAUAUAUAGCUUUAAAAGGAAAUUAGGAAUCAACAAACGAGCAAACAAACAUGAGUGAUCAAAAUAAUUAAGGCAGUGAGAAUAUGGAUUAGAUUUACGACAAUGAGUUAAAUUAAGAGACUAAAAAUAUAGUCUACAAUUGUUAGGAAAUAAUGACUAAUAUUGAGCUUGAUCUUCCUAUUUAGUCUAUAGAUGAUCUUUACUAAGAAGCAAUUUACAUUGAAAUGUUUAAAAAAAUGUUCCCUUUCAUGAAGAAGAAGGUUGAAUAGAUAGAAGACAGUAACGCUUCUACAGGAAAAAAAUUAUAAAUGUUGAUAAAUGGCUUAUCUAAUGAUGUAUUAACAAUGGAUUUAACUCAUAUCUAAGGUCAAGCUAUUGCUGAUAAAGACCCUAGACAUUUACUUAAUUUCUUGCAAAUUAUUUUAGAACUUUCAAAAUUAUAUGUAAUGAAAAGGGACCCAAACUAGGAUCCUAAUAAUGACGAACAAAAUCACCCAGAAGCUAUUCAAGAUGAUGAAGAUCAUGGCAAAUUGGAUGAAGAAGAAGAUGAAGGCAUUUAUCAAAACAAUGAAGAACAAGAUGAAGAGAAUGUAGAUCCAAACCUCUAAAAUAAUAAUAUAUAGGAUCAGAAUGUUAAACAUAGAUUAAAUAAAAAUCCAAGCUUUAAGAAUUUAAUUUAAAGUGAUAAAAAAGAGAUAGAAAAUGAUAUUUAUUCUCACCCAAAUUAAAGAGUUAUAACUAACGAUCCAAAUAUUAAGUAGGCUUUUUACGAUAAAGAUUAAAAUAAUUACCAAAAUUAAUACGAUGAAGAUAUUUAUGAUAAUGAAUAGAACUAAGAUAUCUAAAAAAUUUAAGAAUUAAUUCAUCUUUAUAGAAGUGGAGCAUUAACACCUGAUGAUCCUAAGCUAUAGGAAUUAUAGUAACUUCUAGCUAAGAAUGGAAUAACCUUAGGACAAAUAAUAAAUUAUGAAGAUUAAAAUAAUUAAGUACUAUUUGAGAACUAAAAUAAAGCAGGUAAUGCUAUAAACUAAACGAUCAAUCAUACUAGAAAUAAAUUGUAAAACAUGAAAAAAUUUAAGAACCUUAUUACUGACCCAACUGAUUAAAAAGUAAGAGGGGGAUCAAAAAAAUACUAAAACUAUCUCAAAUCAUACAAAAAAGAAUAUGAGAAAAAAAUGUAAAGAAAAUAAUCAUCAAAUAAUAUUGAUCCCAGAAAAGAAGAGAGGAAAAAGAGGCUCUCUGAACAUGAGGAUAAGAUGUUACAAAAAGAAUAUUAAGAUGAAUAAUUAUCUCUGUACUAUUAAAUGAGAGAUAAGAAAGUUUAGUAUCUAAGAAACAUCCAUAAAAUCAUAUUUGAGCUGGAAAAAAAGAAAAUAAUUGAUGAGCAAAACGAAUAUAAAGAAACUAAAGAAAAGCUUGAAAUGGAGGCUAAAAAUAGACUUAUUUCAAUAGAAAACAAAUACAAAGAUAGAAUUUUAAUGCUCAAAGAAGCUCUCGAAUAACAAAGAAGAGACAGACAUAUUGAAGAAGUUGCUUAAAGAUAAGAACUUUCAAGAUAAGAAAGAGAACUAAAGCAAAUUAAAAGAAAAUAAAUAGAAGACUUGAAAGAUCUUUGGAGAAGUGAAAGAGAAAAAUUCGAUUUAAUCACUAAAGACGAUAGAAAGCUAGAAAGCGAAAUACUUUAACUUUACAAAAAGUACUGA